GAUCAUUAUGUAAAGCAAAUAAUAAUUCACAGAUGAUUUUUCCUUCACCAUACAUUCCUUCCGAAUCUACAAAUCAUCAACAGCAAUAUUAUCAUCAUCCUAAUUGUAAUGGGGUUUCGAAUAAUUCACCGUUACAGCAGCGACAACCAUCAUUGAUAUUACAACAGGAUCAACAGCAUCCUUACCAUCAUAAUCAUCAUAUUCAGUCAACGAUGUUGGCAUCAUCGUAUCGUCAGAAUACGACUUCUCUGUUGUCUCAACAACAUCACCAUCCUCAUCCAAAUCAGCGUCAACAUCUCAAUAUUCCUCCGCCACCAACUCUCACACAUUCACAAACACCGAAUCGUAGAUUAGCUCACAUUCUUUCUGAGCAAAAGCGAAGAGAGAACAUUAACUCGGGAUUUGAAGAGUUAAAGAACAUCGUACCAAUGUGUCGUGGUCAUGGUGAUUCAAAAGCGGUGAUUCUUAGAAAAGCCGUACGUUACAUUCAAAAUCUCGAAUUUGAGCUUGAGAAAUUAAGGCAACAGAGUGGCAGUCUUUCACCAAAAACCGGAUCUGAUUCUGACGCUUCUUCUGACUUGUCUAUUAAAUCAUUAUCAAAUGGUGUGAGUGCAAUUGCUGAUAAUCCAGGUCGAAAUAGUUAUGCGAUAGCUACUAUUAAUGGAUCACCGGUUACCACAACAAAAAACAAGACAUCAUCGGUCUCUACAGAGAAGAGCGAAUUGUCAACUACUACUGCUACCACGCAUUUCUAUAAUCAAUCGAAAAAAGCUUCAAUCGAACGUAAUUACCAGAAUGCGUCCGAUACUCGGUCUACUACACUUGUGCCUACUGGCAAUAAUGGGAGCUCAUCACCACCUCCUUCACCGAAUGAUAAACAUGAAUCCUCGUAUAAUCGACGACAUCAACCGUAUUAUCAUCGUAAUCAUGCACAAAACAAGUAUGCUUCGUGCGCUUCACUGCACACACCUUCGCCGAUUUCAUCGGCGAUUAGUAGCGAUGAAGAGCAAAAUUAUAAAAAUGAAGAUAUUGAAUGGAAACGUUCCAUAUCGCCUAUAAGUAAUCACGAAGAAGAUUAUUCGAAACCAAGGCCUACCGAACAGAUGUACCCUCCGCUUCCGCAAACAGCAGCGUCAUCAUCAUCGAUGAAUACAAUCUUGGUUAAGCAAGAGGACCAUCACGUGAAUCGAGGCUUUCGAAUGACAACUGCAUAA